UUCCCGGCCGCGGAGGUCAAACGUGCGACUCCUGACUUAGCACAGCUGAACUGUUUUGAGGAGUUUCGCUUUAGACUGCAUGGACUUCUGAGUGAGGUGCGAGUCGACGAGGACUGGACUUUCAUUCUUCGCACAAGUUCAAACAGCCAGACAAAAUGAGCGCUUUUGUCAGGAUGCCAAUAAAAGCUGCCAGCUCUUCCCUGGAGGACUAUGACACGCCACAGGAGGAGGUGCGACCGUCUUCGCCCUGGUCUGAGGAACGCUAUGAGGAGCUGUGGGACCGCGUGGAGGGUGUGAGACACAAGCUGACCCGCAUCCUCAACCCGGCCAAACUCACCCCCUUCCUGCGCCAGUGCAAAGUCAUCGACGAGCAGGAUGAGGAUGAAGUCCUCACUUCCACGCAGUACCCUCUGCGCAUCAGCAAGGCCGGUCGUUUGCUGGACAUCCUUCGAGGGCAGGGCCAGCGGGGUCUGCAGGCUUUCAUGGAGUCACUUGAGUUUUACCAUCCAGAGCAGUACACCCAACUAACUGGACAACAGCCUACACAGCACUGCUCUCUCAUACUGGAUGAGGAAGGUCCUGAGGGUUUGACUCAGUUCCUGCUGCUGGAGGUGCGUAAGAUGAGGGAUCAGCUCCGGCAAAGCCGCAUGUCUGAGCGGCGCCUAUCUCAGCGCUGCCGGGUAGCUGAAGAGGAACGCAGUCGGGCAGAACACAAAGCCCAGGAGCUCCGACAUGACCGCCUGCAGCUGGAGAGGCUGCGACAGGACUGGGAAUCUGGCAGCCGAGAGCUGGGCAAAUUGAAGGACAGAUACCUGGAGCAGGCUUUGAAAUACUCCAGAGCCUUGGAGGAGCAGGGCAAGGCCUCGUCCCGUGAGAGAGAGCUACUGAGGCAGUUGGAAGAGCUUAAGUCCAGGUUGAGGGAGGCUGAUAUGCAAACCAACAGCACUCCAGUCAAAGCUGCAUCAGUCAAGAGAAACGGUUUAGACUCCCACGGUGCCAACGGAACACCACCACCUGUACCAGAAAAGCCGCUGAAUCGUUUUGAGAUUCAGAAAGCUGGUAAUACUGGAGCUCAGGCGCUGAUGGACAUCCUGCAGCAGGACCGCAGGGAGGCCACGGAGCAGAGACAGGAGCUGUGUAAUACUAUCACCAGACUACAGGAGGAGCUACAGAGCACUGAGGAGUACAGGGACAAGCUGGAGUCGCAGUGUGAGCAGCUGCAGUUGAAAGUGAGGACUCUCCAGCUGGACUUGGAGACGGAUCAGAAGACAAGUGUGUCUUACUUCAACCAGAUCAUGGAACUGGAGAAGGAAAGGGAUCAGGCCCUGCGUAGUCGGGACAGUCUGCAGCUUGAGUACACUGACUGUCUGCUGGACAAGAACCGUCUGCGCAAACGCAUUGCUGAGCUUCAGGCCAACAUGGAACAACAGCAGAGGGAGCUGGAGAGAGAGAGGGAGAGGAGCCGGGAGCAGACCAGCCCCUGUCUGCACUGUUCCCACCUGUCUCUGUGCACCGAAGACCAGUGUUAUGGCCCCUGUUGUUCUCUAGACCUGGACCUGUGCGUCAGCCCCCAAAACAAUGGCACAAACCCAGUGCUACGAAAGACACCCUCUAGAGGCCAGGCCAAUGAGAAUUCUGGGGACUCAUGUUCCAAUUCAGAGGAGAAUCUCCUGUCGUUGACAGAGGGCAACGAAAAGGAAAUAAAUAGGCUUUCCACGUUCCCCUUCCCUCCUUGUAUGAACUCCAUCAACCGGCGAUUCAACACCGAGUUUGAGUUGGACUCCUGGGGCAGUGAUGAGAAUGACAAUCCUUCAGGUGAACAGAGCGAGCCUUCUUUGUGGGAUUCAUGGAGCUCGCUGCACUGUCAUCUCUUUCCUCCGGACCUGGUCAACCUGCCUCCGGUUCCUCCAGAGAAACCCCACAACUGUGUUUCAGGGGUGGAGCCCCUUUCUCCAUCGUCAAGUCCCCCCACUACACCAAAACGAGGAGGAGCCGGCCCAGCAGAUGACAUUACAAUAGUAGGGGGAAACCGUACGGGGAUCUUUGUCAGCCACGUGAGAGCCGGGUCCCCAGCUGAACUAUGUGGACUGAAGGAAGGGAGCGAGCUGUUGGAGCUGGAGCGGGUUUUGCUCGGUGGAGGCAGUGUGCUGCUGAGCCAGUGCACAGGAGAGGUCGCCCAUUUUUCUCUGCAGUGGUGGACUGACCCCUCGUCACUCAAACACCAGAGCAACGCAGAGGCCUACGCCAAGCUGUCUUCCCAGCUGUCGGCGCCUACUUUUCAGGGGGCUGACUCCUUCUAUGUACGUGUCAACCUGGACAUCGACCCCCAUGGCGACCCACCCUGUCUGGGGGCACGUUGUGAUGACAUUAUACAUGUGAAAGACACGCGCUACAAUGGAAAGUACCAGUGGCGCUGUUCCCUAGUGGACCCGUGCACAGUCAAGCCCUUGCAGGCAGGGGCCAUGCCCAACUACAACAGGGCCCAGCAGUUGUUACUGGUGAGACUACGAACAAUGGCCCUGGGGCAGAAAGACUUAAAGAAGAAGGGGCUAUCAAAGAAGGGAUCUGGUCGUGUGCGAUUAGUCAAGGCGGUGGCCCCCACCUGUCGUAGUGUUGGCGCCACACCUCAGGUCCUCUACACACUCAGCCACCGUCAUGAGGAGCAUCUGAUCCCUUACAGCCUGGUCCAACCAGUCCAAGUUAAGACUAAGAGGCCAGUCAUCUUUUCUCCGUCGCUGCUGUCCCGUGGCCUCAUAGAGAGAUUGCUGCAACCUGCAGACUCUGGACUGGACUUCAACACCUGCUCGCCAGAGCCCAUCUUGGCUUCAGAAAGAUGUGAUAAGAAAAUAUUCCUGUUGGACACCUCCACUCCAGAGCAGGCUCUGGGGAUACGGCUACAGUCAAUACAAGAAGUCAUCAGCCAGGAUAAGCACUGUCUUCUGGAGCUAGGUCUGACCACUGUAGAGGGCCUGCUGAGACAUGGGGUCUACCCCAUUGUCAUCCAUAUUCGACCUAAGAACAAAACACACAAGAAGUUGAGGAAGCUGCUCCCCCGGCGUGGAGAGGAGGGCAUAAUGGAGGAGGUGUGCCAGGCUGAGGAGCUACAGCUGGAGAAUCUGCCCAUGCUCUACCAUAUCCUGGAGCCCAGCACUUGGAGCUGCACCGAGGAACUUCUUUCCGCCAUACGCAAUGCUAUCCUCAGCCAACAGAGAGCAGUGGCAUGGGUUGUGCUGGACAGGCUGCAGUAGAAUUUAUCUGAAGUGUGGUUACUUUUCUAAAAGGAAUUUCCAGUUUUCACUACCAUUAAAUAAAGCAGCUGGCAGCCACCACCACAUCCAAAAUACUGACAGCGCUGUUUUAUUGGCCUUAACAAUUAUGUCUUUGUUGAAACACUAGUUUAAUGUAAAAUAACAACGACGGGACUUCUAGACAGAAUUUGCAUACAAGGUCACUUACUGAACUUAGAUCAUCUUUGUUCAGUAAUGUCAACAUAAACUGCUGUGUUUGUGAUGAGAUACUUUUGGAGUGCUGGACCAGAUCCAAGGUCAAGGUCAAGACAAUAAAGCAUUAAAAUACAGUUAAAAUAUUAUGUCAUGACAUCUGAAUGCACCAGAUCACGUGACACAGCAUAAUAUGUUAUAAUGUAAUAUUACUGUGUAGAAGAUAAUAAUCAUACUGAAAUAGAAAUUAUAUAUAAGGAAUAAGAGGUCAUUUGGAUACUAUUUUCUGUGUAGGUCACUGGAGUGGCUGCAAGACUGUUAUGAAAUACAAAAGAUGUGGCACAAGGAAAGCUUGGAA